AGUUUAUUAAAUAUUCAAAUAUAUUCAUAUCAUUAACAUAUGUAAUCCUGGUAAACUUGUGCAUUAUCUGGUGAAUUAAUCGAAACUCCAGUAAUAUCCAAAGUGAGUGGACACAUCUACGAAAAAAGAUUGAUUGAAAAACAUAUUGAAAGCACAGGCACAUGUCCAAUAACAGGAAGACCUUUGAAUUUUGAUGAUCUGAUAGAGGUAUUAUGAUAUUUUUUAACAUUAAGGUGAAAGUAGCCAAAGUGUAAAAACCCAGACCAGUGACUGCUACCUCAAUACCCUCAUUGCUUUCCCUAUUACAAAACGAAUGGGAUGCUUUAUUGUUGGAACAAUUUUAAUUGAAAUAGCAUUUAGAAUAAGUAAGACAUGAAUUAACACAUGCUCUAUAUUAACAUGAUGCUGCAUGUCGUGUGAUAGCAAAGCUAAUAAAAGAGAGAGAUCAAGCAAGAAUAGAAUUAGCGCAAUUACAAAAUAAAUUAAAUCAUAAAGUAGAAGUAGAAACUAAUAAUGUUCCUGAAAAAUUAUCAGCAAAUUAUGUGACUGAUAUAGAAUAAACUGCAUUGAAAUUAACAAGCCAAAGAAAAUUGUUAAGAAAGCAAUAAUCAUAUUUUGAAUAAUUUCCUAAUCCUUAAGUACUCUUAUUCAAUAUUUUAGAUUUUAUCAAAUUACGAGAUCAAGUAAUAAAACAAUUAAACUUAAGGUGGUACUUCAUUAGAUAUAUAAGCAAAUUAUGUGAUAGUAGGAGGAUAAGCAGGUUUAGUUUCACUGUAUCGUUCUGAAACAUUAUUGUAUUAGAAUCAAUAAAGUAAUCAGCGAAUAAAUACAAUCAAAUUUAUUACAACUGAUGAACAUUUAAGAUUUGUUUCAUCAACUUCAGAUGGAGAUUUGGUCAUUUAUUAAUUUAACACUGAAACUAAUGUAGGAGCCGUAACUUAAACAGUAAAAGUAGGACAGAAUAUCACUGGAUUAGCUAUUCAUCCUCUUGGCUAUAUUGCUAUUAUUGUUACCUCUGGAGGUCUUUUGUUGUUUUAUGAUCUAAGAUCUGGCUUAUAAAUUAGUAAAGUAACUGAUUUUGAAGGAUAAUGCUAAUUUACAUCAGUUGCUAUACAUCCAGAUGGGUUGCUAUUGGCAAUUGGAUAAGAAAAUUCUUAGAUUAAAAUUUGGAAGAUUACAUCUGGCUAAUUGGUUGCUUAAUUUGAAGGAUAAGAAGUAACUAAAAACCAAUAAUAUUAGGGAUCUAUAAGUCAGGUUGCUUUCUCUGAGAAUGGAGUUAAUUUGGCAUCUGUAUCAUCAACUGAAGUGUUGUAAUGGGACUUAAGGAAUCCGGGUUAAUUCUAAAAAUUGUUUCAAUCAUAAAACAUAAGUAAUAAAUAAUUUUAUAUAUCCUUUAGGCAGUAUUUCCUAUGACACAUCAGGGGCUUACUUGGCUGUAGGUGAAAAUAAAAAUAUACACUUGUUUGACAUCAAAAAGUAAUAAGAAUUCUUCAAAUUCGAAAGUCAUAGAGAUGUUGUAACUGCAAUAAAGUAAUUUUAUAUUCUAUUUUAGAUUUGCCGAAUUUAAUAAAUAUAUAUACAGUUGUAGUUUUGAUAAACAAGUUAACAUCUAUGGUAAUUGAAA